AUGUCAGAUGACAGAGGCAAGCCGACAAACAGUGUGGAUGACGUUGAUGACACUGUUGUCAAGUCAUACCCACUACGUUCGCGAACGGGAACAGGCAGACCCGAUUCGCGAAUGGAGAGAACGGCAGACGAUGAUGGUGUGCGUGACGUAUCGUCACAGCAAUCAUCGUCACGGCAAGCGGGAGAAAAUUCGAUGGUUGAAAUGAUGAGAAUUUUUUUUCAAGAAAGAGAACAGGAGAAACUGGAAAGGGAAGCUUAUAAAUUACAAAAACAACGAGACAGACAAGAAAGGGAACAAAAAGAAAGGGAAAAGGAACGGAAGACAGAGCGAAAAUGGUUUGACCUGAAUACCAUGAUUGGUACAAUGAAAAAUAGGUUAGAUAAUAUUGAUGCCAACUUAGAGGCAAGAAUAAGGACAGUCACGGUGGAAUAUAUCUCGGAAUUAAGUACUAAAGUUACUGAAAGGAUAGAAGGUAUUCUGCAGAAGGCAGAUGCAUGUGAGAGCACAGUAGGUAACGUGCACAAAGACAUCAAAGUACAAAUCGAAAGUUGCCAGGCAGUUACAACGGAAGUUUCAAAAAAAUCCGCUGAGGUCGGAGCUAAAGUAAACAAGCUUGCAGACAAUGUCGUCACUCUGCAAGGCCAGGUCAAUGACCUGACACAGGCGCUAUCCGAAAUAAACAUUGAAAAGAGGGUGAAUGAUGCUGCAGCCAACGUACGUUCCACGAUAGGAAAAGAAUUUGUAGAAUGGGUCGAGACUAAGGAACAAUGCAGUGAUAAGAGUAUAGUGAUUCGACUUAUGAGGACCAAAGUUAAGUUGUCCAGCCAAGAACAUAAAGUAAAGCUCCGCAAGCUCACAUCUCGGCAACAAUAUUUCAAUUAUUUAGACGAGUCAGUAGAUGCAGACGAAGACUUUGACUUAUUACCGACACAUGAAGAAUUACUGACGAAGGCUAAUGAAUCUGAAGGAUUAGGGAGAGAAAUGGAAAUGUCAAAACUUGGUCUCAAACCAAAAGCAAAAACAGAAGAAAUGAAGGAAGAGUUUUUGUAUCAGAUACAACCCAUAAAAAAUGGAGGCGGAAUCCAUGUGAAAAUCAUGCUUUGUUCAAAGAAAUGUUUCGAAAAAACUGAAGAUAAGGCCUGCACUUUUGAUGCAUUUUGGGAUUUGGCUGAUUUUAAUGGUCAAAAUGCAUACCUUGUGGGGAAAAUGGAAUCGACUGAAGUAAAGAGAAGGUAUCCAGAAAAGAGAAAGCAUGACAUUUUUAACAGGGGAGCUGCUUUAACAAGUUCAUUUUCUCAUACAGGAAAGAUCGCCCUUGUAACCUUUUGGAGUGUUCCAACCACUACAUUCUUCAUGACUCCAUCUGCUGCAAGAAAUACAUCGGUGCCAUAG